AUGGCUAGUAUCUUAGUGGAAAAUGGCAAGGUCCAUUUGCGAGUACAUGAUCAAGUCCGACCAUUCCCUCUCACGAAAGACGUGGUGGAUGAGAAGAAUCUAAAUGACAGAUAUCUUGAAACUGAGGUUGAUUGGAUACCAGCAAUGAGAGGUGUUAAGCUAAAAGAUCUUCCCACAUUCUUUAGAACUAUAAAUUCUUCAGAUACAAUGUUUAAUUACAAUAGAGAUUCGGUGAACAAUGCAAUGAAAGCAAAUGGUGUCAUCCUUAACACCUUUCAAGAGUUAGAAUCAGAGAUAUUAGAUGCAAUCAAAAUCACCUACCCUAACCUUUAUCCUAUUGGUUCAUUAUCAAUGCUCCAUAAAAAAAUUUCAUCAAAUUCCAAUAAUCAAUUGGAGUCUAUUGAUUUUAAUUUAUGGAAGGAAGAUGUUAAUUGCAUGAAAUGGUUAGACAAAAAAGACAAAGGUUCAGUUGUUUAUGUGAAUUUUGGGAGCUUGGUGAUUAUGACUACAAAGCAAUUAAGAGAAUUUGCAUGGGGAUUAGCUAAUACUAAAAAUAAUUUCUUAUGGGUAAUUAGGCCUAAUCUUGUUGAGUGUGGAGAUGAGGUAAUAUCAAAUGAUGAAUUUGUGAAAGAAAUUGAAAAUAGAGGAUUAAUAUUGGAAUGGUCCCCUCAAGAAAAAGUUCUAGGUCAUUCAUCUAUUGGAGGCUUUUUAACUCAUUGUGGAUGGAACUCAACCUUGGAAAGUAUUUGUGAAGGUGUGCCAAUGGCUUGUUGGCCUUUCUUUGCUGAGCAACAAACUAAUUGUUUUUAUGCAUGUAAUAAAUGGGGAGUUGGAAUAGAAAUUGAAAGUGAUGUUAGUAGAGAACAAGUUGAAGGGUUAGUGAAGGAACUUAUGAGGGGUGAGAAAGAAAAAGAAAUGAAGAAAAAGUGUGUGGAGUGGAAGCAUAAGGUUGAGGCUACUACAACUAUUGGAGGGUCUUCUUAUAAUAACUACAACAGUUUGGUUUUGCAAUUGAAAUUUUUAAGUGAUCAAUAA